GACUCAUACAUAUUUUGCAUCUAGAAUACUGAGCAAAGAAGAAAUUCAUCAAAUAACACUCUUGUUUUCAGAGCAUUUUAUAAAUACCAACGACGAACCGCAUCGACUGCAGUCAAACUUCCGUCUGCAAUAUUAUUCAUACAAUGAUUGCCGAUGAGCUAUUUCGUCAAAUGGGCAUUCCAGUACCUGUGUAUUCGGAGGCCACAAUUGUGACGCCCGACGGCAUGGAAUGGGCAGAGAGAUAUGUUCCUGGUGGCUUCCAUCCCACCCACAUAGGCGAUAUGUAUCACGACGGGCGCUACGAGAUCGUGCACAAGCUCGGAUGGGGAAGUUUUGCAACAGUCUGGCUUGCAAGAGAUAACAAAGAAGGCAGAUACGUUGCGCUCAAAAUCCACGCCGCGGAUGCAUUUGAAAACAGCCAAGACGGACGAGCGUAUGUGUCUACGUUGCUCGACGAGUUUGUAAUUAAUGGACCGAAUGGCCAGCAUUUAUGCAUUGUCAGUAAGGCUGCGGGGUGCAGCGUUUGGGAUCAAAAAAAUGAGACGUUGGCGCGGUAUUCGCCCAAAACGGCGAGGGCAAUCUCUGCACAGUUGUUAUUAGGGUUGGAUUAUAUCCAUGCUUGUGGCGUGGUGCAUGCUGACCUACACGAAAAGAACAUUGUAUUUCAAUUUCCAAUUUUCCAGCAAGUCACGAGCAACUCAGAGCUCUAUGAAACCGUGGACAAGCCUCGAAUAGAACCACUUCGACGGAUGGACAGAUGUCCGAUUUCCGACGAAGAGGCCAGGCACCUUCCACGCUAUUUCGUAUAUCCGCCCUACAAAAUCUUCGCCGAAGCAGAUAAAAUUGUUGACCCGAAAAUCCUAAUUGUGGACUUUGGGGCGUCUUUUUCGCAAGGCCAAGGAAAACUUGAGGACUUGAAAUGCUGUCGUACCCAUUUGCCCAUCGAAGCUUUCUUCGAAAAAGACGAACCGAUCAGCCCAGCCGUUGACGUGUGGGAGGCUGGGUGCACCAUCUAUGACAUUCUGGGAAAGCAACGCCUGUUUUUGAAGUUGGUCGAUUCCAUGGUUGAUAUACUAGGCGUUCUUCCAAAACGCUGGUGGGACAGGUGGGAAUGGCGCUCAGAUUCCUUUAAUGAAGAUGGAUCACCGAAAGGGGACAUGCAUUCUGAGUCGUUGCCGAUGCAAAUCCAAUAUCUGAGGAGCGAGUAUGCUCCCGCGACGCUCGAGUAUAGUCCGGAAGAAUUCGCUAGUCUAGAAAAGCUGCUGCGCGCAAUGCUGGCUUACGAGACUUCUGAGCGGAUCACGAUUAGCGAAGCACUUCAAUCGGAAUGGAUGGUGCGGUGGGCUCUGCCGGCAAUAAAAGAGGCUUUGUAG